GUUUUUGAUCAAUAUAGUUGCUUUUACCGAACCUUGAAAUGCGUCCCUUUGGCCUUGCCUUCGCGAUCAUCUUCUUGGUUUCGGCUUUCGCGGAGUCUAGUCUCGUGGAUUGCAGAGUUCUCUUAGGUUCUCCCUCGGGGAAAAACGAUCAAUCGAGAAGUUAUGGGGUCGGAUUUCGAAGAAAGAAUCUGUCCGGGGUGGCUGCGAGAAGUGAGAAAAAGUCUAGGGGCUUGGCUUCUUCGGCCGCCGGGGAGAGGAUGCAUACAAUGGCUUCGGGACCAAGCAGGAGAGGCGCUGGCCACUGAACCAACAUUUUUUUAGGUCAAAGUUACAUUCGCAUUUUUCCAUUUAUUUAUGCGAUUAGUGAUAUAAGUAUAUGUAGUUAUUCGGAA